ACUUCCUGAGUUCACAGUUCAACAUGCUCCAUGCGUGUUUUGUGGGAGUACUGCUAAGUGAGUGUGUGUGUGUGGUGUGUGUGUGUAUAAUGUGUGAAGUUUAAACAUUUCUAUACUUUUAGUGUUUAAUUUGACGUAUUUGUGGUCGUAUACUCCGCGUGUCCAGCAUGUCUGUGAACGCAGCAAAGCACGAGUUGAUCCAGAUGAUCUACCAACAUCUGAAGGAGCAGGGUUUCCACUCAGCUGCAGAUGAGCUUCAGAGGCACAGCCCACAGGUUAACACUACAGACACUCACACACAGACACACGCACGCACACACUACUGUAUAUAGAGAUUUGUAAGGCUGUUUCACUCGCUGCUUGAAAACAUGUGAUUUCAGGAUAUGAAAACUGGAAAUGUUUCACUUUCAUUUCCUCCGAAUAGACAGACUGCUUCACUCUCUGACUACCAGCGUCUGUUCAGUGAAACACACAGUAGACUAUAAGUUCUGGAUAAUGGAGCAAAAAUAAAUUUUCACCGUGAUUUCAUCUCUUUCCAUCUCUGAUCUUGGUCCCUUUGUUUUCUUCUGACCAACUUUUGUUCAUUUAUUGGUACCAUAUUUGAGUUGUAAUUGUCAGCUAGUCAACUUUCUCAUUUUAACUGGAACCAUUUAUUUAUAUGACUAUAGUAAAGCUUUUAUUCAUACAGUUAUCACUACUAGACCUACCUGCCACCCAAAUCUACUUUUUAGUAGUUAAAACGAGCAGAUACUGUAUUUUCAGAGUGUUAAUUUUAAAAGAUAUAUUUGCUGUAGACAAAGGUGUUACUACUCGACUGAUUUGAUCAAUUGAUUUUGUUCCUGCUGCACUGUACUCAAGGGCAGUAAUGCCCACACUUGGCAAGAUCAUGGUAGGCACAGACUGAUCUUAGCUUGAGUCUUAUAGUUCAGUGAUUUUAGCAGAUACUCAGACUAAGAUGGCAGCAUUAACAAUAUUUUGUUUUAAAUCAAACGAUCACAAUCACUGUCAUUGAAACACCGCUAAUGUGAUUAGUUUUAUAAGUGUUUUAUCGGCACUGACAAGCAAAAGUGCCCUCGAAUAGCCUGUCUCUCAUUCAUACGAUUACAAAACUCUUUUUGAGCUUGUUGUGAUUAUUUAUUUUGCAUAAUCCCCCAAAGUAAGAAUUGUCAACUGUAAAACUGAAAGUUUGGUAUUUAUGCUCUUGUUUCUUUCUGCAGGAGGGGACCGAUAUAUCUGCUUCUUUAUCCGACAUCUAUAACUCGUGGUUAAAGUGAGUCUGAGUUCUCAUUUUUUUGCAGAAUCAAGCCUUUUGGUGAGGAUGGCAUGUGAUUUUGCUGAGUUUGUGUUCUGUUUUUUUGCAGUAAUUCAAAAAAGAGAAAAAAGGUAUCUGGCACCAAGUUAAAAGACAAAGGAAAGAAGCCAGCCAAGGGUAUGACUGUUUCUUAUUUAGAGCAUAAAUCCCACUGCAUUGAAAGCUUCCUUACAUCGAAUUAUCCUCUUUAUAGCUACUGUGUAUAGUGCUCCUAAAACUUGUGUCAAAGUUAACUUAGUCGUGUCAAGUUAAAGGCAGAAAGUUAAGUUAGUCAAGUUUAAAAAUAGAUUUUUUUAAAUUUUGUGUAUAUGAACUAAUUUAUAAUGCUGCCACUCACUUUUUAUUUUUUUUAAUGUCCAGCCACCCCACAGAAAAAAAAGGAUAAAGCUGCAAAAAAAGGAGAGUCACAAAAAGAGACGGUCAGUUUUGUAACAUUAUUUUUUAUGCAACGGUAUAGCCGCUUAUUCAAAAAACUUCUGGUUUAUCAACUGUGCUCCUCUGUCUUAUUUUUCUUAGCCUUUGACAGCAAAAAGGAAAAAAAGUAAAGAAAAAUCUGCAGAAAAUGCCACCACCAAGGGAAAGAAAUCCAAGACCCCAACAAAGGCUGAUGUUGUGGCUCCUGGAGGCGAUGAUUCAGACUCUGACAGCAGUCUGGAUGUGGAGAAAUGGAAGAAACUGCUCCUACAGAUGACAGGUAGGUGUGUGCAGGAAAAAGACUAAUUGAACAGGAUCGCUCAAGUUCAAACAUGUAGAGAACAAGGUGAUGAGAAGAAGUGUUGAAAUGUUAAAGGAAAGUGCAACUAACCAACGACUAACAACUUCAUCUGUUAUUUAUGUUUCAUCAUUCACAAAAGACGCUUUCAGACCAAAGUCCAACUGCUUAUGUUUUAAAAUAUAUUUUUUUUAAUUUACAUUUUCACAUAAAACAUUGGAAGAAAGAAGUUUAUAUUCUUGCCAUUGCACAUGAAAGUAAAACAUCUAAGAAUAUAUAAAUAAGUUUAAAUCAUUCACAUCUGAAUUGGACAAAGUUAAAGGUGAAAAGUACAUGAAUAGUUGAGAACUUAUGACAUGGAAGAGUUAAAUUACAUGAAGUUUAGGGAGAAAAACAAGAAGAAAUAGAUAAUUCAUGGUGUGGUCAUCAGUUUAAUGCUGCAAUAUCGGUAGCAUCCGUUUUCUUGGGAAUGGAUGGGAUGGGAUAUUAGAUGCUGCCAUGUGACACAAAACUUUUCUGCCUCCUUUUACCAGGUGCCUGACAGGAAUAAAAGCUGUUAUUACUCUAUUCCUGAUCUCUGAACAGUAGCUGUUGUGCCUCUGAAUAGUGUAAUUUUAGGUGAAAGGGCUGCAGGUGAACAAAAACAUUCUAAAAACUGAAUGUCAGAAAUUAGAUCAAAUUGGGCAAAAGUACUGCUGGGCGAUACUGCUGGCAGAGCACAUGCAAUGUAAAAGGUUACAAACCCCGAGCAGAGCAAGGAGCCCAUGGCGCCUGUGCAGCCCAAACAGCCUGCCAUUCAGUCCACUUUCUCUAGUGCAAUGCCUUACGACAGAACGUCAAAGAGACACAAAGACCUUUCAGGUGCAGUAGCUUAUUGUAUUGCAAAAGACAUGCUACCAAUAAAUUUCCCUUUUUAUAUUGCGAUAUACACUCACCGGCCACUUUAUUAGGUACACCUGUCCAACUGCUCGUUAACACUUAAUUUCUAAUCAGCCAAUCACAUGGCGGCAACUUAGUGCAUUUAGGCAUGUAGACAUGGUCAAGACAAUCUCCUGCAGUUCAAACCGAGCAUCAGUAUGGGGAAGAAAAGUGAUUUGAGUGACUUUGAACGUGGCAUGGUUGUUGGUGCCAGAAGGGCUGGUCUGAGUAUUUCAGAAACUGCUGAUCUACUGGGAUUUUCACGCACAACCAUCUCUAGGGUUUACAGAGAAUGGUCCGAAAAAGAAAAAAUAUCCAGUGAGCGGCAGUUCUGUGGGCGGAAAUGCCUUGUUGAUGCCAGAGGUCAGAGGAGAAUGGCCAGACUGGUUCGAGCUGAUAGAAAGGCAACAGUGACUCAAAUAACCACCCGUUACAACCAAGGUAGGCAGAAGAGCAUCUCUGAACGCACAGUACGUCGAACUUUGAGGCAGAUGGGCUACAGCAGCAGAAGACCACACCGGGUGCCACUCCUUUCAGCUAAGAACAGGAAACUGAGGCUACAAUUUGCACAAGCUCAUCGAAAUUGGACAAUAGAAGAUUGGAAAAACGUUGCCUGGUCUGAUGAGUCUCGAUUUCUGCUGCGACAUUCGGAUGGUAGGGUCAGAAUUUGGCGUCAACAACAUGAAAGCAUGGAUCCAUCCUGCCUUGUAUCAACGGUUCAGGCUGCUGGUGGUGGUGUCAUGGUGUGGGGAAUAUUUUCUUGGCACUCUUUGGGCCCCUUGGUACCAAUUGAGCAUCGUUGCAAUGCCACAGCCUACCUGAAUCUUGUUGCUGACCAUGUCCAUCCCUUUAUGACCACAAUGUACCCAACUUCUGAUGGCUACUUUCAGCAGGAUAAUGCGCCAUGUCAUAAAGCUGGAAUCAUCUCAGACUGGUUUCUUGAACAUGACAAUGAGUUCACUGUACUCAAAUGGCCUCCACAGUCACCAGAUCUCAAUCCAAUAGAGCAUCUUUGGGAUGUGGUGGAACGGGAGAUUCGCAUCAUGGAUGUGCAGCCGACAAAUCUGCGGCAACUGUGUGAUGCCAUCAUGUCAAUAUGGACCAAGCUCUCUGAGGAAUGCUUCCAGCACCUUGUUGAAUCUAUGCCACGAAGAAUUGAGGCAGUUCUGAAGGCAAAAGGGGGUCCAACCCGUUACUAGCAUGGUGUACCUAAUAAAGUGGCUGGUGAGUGUAUAUCGAUAUCGACCGAUAUGAAAAAUAAAAUAUUGUCAUAAACUUUCCCAUAUUGCCCAGCCCUAGGCAAACUCAAAACAUGUAGGGUAAGGUGACUGGUGUUUGAUAAUGUUUGUCACAAACUGGGUCUGUGUCGUGACAACUCAGUAGGCAUAACUUUAACCAGUGAAGAUUGUGGACAAACUUGAAUUAAAUAAUAAUGUGUCAUAAACACAAUAAGAAGGACUGUAUUCUAUCCAUGUCUGCUUCUGAGGUCUGUCCUAAGAUCUGCCUCCUAUUGUUCCUGUACUGAGGUAAAAAUUUCCAGUUUAUAGGAACCUAAUAAAAACCACAUUUACCCAAUCGACUCUUUAGCAUCAGGGUGAAGACUCAGAGGUGAGUCCAUGACGGGACAAGGUGGUUGUGAUGGGAAAGAGGUGGAAGAUGCUGAUGUGAAUUUUUUUAUUCAACUACGACGACAAUACUAGUGUUGUCUGUGGAUAUGACCGUGUUAGUCCCUUUAGAAGUCAAAUGAGCUAAAGGUAAAAAGUGAGAGCACAGCUCUAGACACGACAGCACCACCUGUGAACAACCCCACCCUGGAAAACAGUGAUUUCAUAUAAACAGAGUCGUGUGGUUGUCAUUUGAUGUUCCAGAAUUUAUGCCACAAUGCCAUGUUUGUUCAAAGUCUUCACUGUGUUUACCCGACCCACAGAAGCCGACGUAGCCAAGAUGGACACCAUCAACGCUCUGGACUCUACACCGCCACCACCACCCAAGAGAGUAAGAGUAAGGAAACCUCGGGCUAAGCCUCCAGCAAAAACAAACACCAGCGCUCAACAGAAUAACGAAACAAGUGUAAACAAUGAAAAGGUGGAGGAGAAAGUUGUGACAGAGGCACUGGUGAAGAAAAGUGAACCAAAGCAGAGAACGCCAAAAAAGACCUCCAUCGUGAGCCAAGAGGAAAACACCCCCACUGCAGAGGAACCCGCCGCAUCAACCGUCUCUCCAUCAAACACGCCAAAGAAAGAAAAAAGAAAAGCAGUGAGUUCAAGCAAAGAAAACUCUGAUGAGACGCCGUCUGAGCCCAAGAAGAAAAAAAAGAAGAAAGAGGAAGUAACUGACGACAAGGUGAAAGGGGAUUCCAAUGAGACUGUUAACGAUGGAGAAGAAAAGAAAGAAAAGAAGAAAAGGAAGAAUGCAGUCAAGGAGGAAGAGACUGGAGAUAAAUCUAACAAUGAGAAGAAAAAAGCAAAAGGAAUAACAGAAGGUAGCAUAAAGACUGACGGAGAUGUAACGACAGAGAACAGCAGUGAAAAUGCUCAUAAUGUGUCAAUUUCUGAGCAAACAGUGGAGGAAAAGAAAGCCAAGAAGAGAAAGAAGAAGGAGGAGAAAAUGAAUGAAGAAAAUAAUGCAGAACAGACUGACAUAGAUGUAAACGAUACACUGCAAAUAGCUGAAGAAAAGAAAGAAAAGAAGAGGAAAAAGAGAUUGGAUACCGAGGGAAAUUCAGAGGCGGUAGCAGAAAAAGAGCCAGAAAAUCCAGAGCAGAUAGUUGAAGAGGAAGGAGCAAAGAAUGAGAGCGCCAACAGUGAGGAACAGGUUGAAGAGGUAGCUACAGAGGUAGAAGCGAAGAAGAAAAAGAAGAAGAAAAAGGACAAAACGAGUGAACAUAAUCAAGAGGAGGAGGAGGAUACAGAGGUGAUAUCAGAGAGGAUUAUCAACGAGGAAACACCAGAGCAGAUCACCAAAGUGAAGAAGAAAAAGAAAAAAGAGUUAUAUUUGGAUAACAACGUUUUCGACACAGAACCUCUACCUCCACCCAACUCUGAAACAUCCAGCCCUCCAAAAGAGAAGAAGAAAAGUAUGUUUUAAAUACACACAACAAAGCCUCUUUUCCUUCAUUUUUUAGUGUUUGUAAGAUGUUGACAUUGACUUUUUAUUUGUUUUGUUCAGAGAAAAGCAAGCUUCAAUCAGCUGAGGAUACAGAAACAGUCCAAGACCCCACGGAAAUUGAAACCCUCCAGACACCUUUGGGUAACAGCAUAAAGAAGGUAUAACAAUAUUGUAGUGUGCUCUCUGUACUUCCUGUUAUUGUUAAAUGUUGUGGUUUUCUGUCAGGUCAAUAUUCCUAAUAAUCAUCAGUCUUAAAUGACAUUUAUCUGUUCUAAACUCACCUAUUCUUUAUUUUCACAGAAGAAGAAAUCCUCCAAGAGCAACGAUGAUGACUGAUUUGUCAUCACUGCAAAACUAAGAGAUUAACAGGACAUCUUUUCCAUCCAAUUUGUAACCAGAUAUAGAAAGAUUGCCUAAAACUGUAAACAAGAAUUUAGAUUUUAUUUUUUUAAGUUUUUUAAGCCCAAACAAUUUGUGUUUUAUAUUCUGUAAAGAUGAAAUCAUACCAGUUUAGUGUCUAUUUUUCUUUUAUUUUAAUGUGAUAUUUUCAUUUUAAUUGUAAUGUUUUUUUUAGUAUCUCUUCAUUCAACAGUAAAAUGCAUGAAUUGUCCCUUUCAUCCUGAUUAAUUGUUUUUGUGUUUUGGGAAUCAUUCACCUGAUUAUCCAUAAUCUGUGGACGAUGGGGAAGUAUUUGACACCAAUAUAAUUUGACCUGUUUCAUAUUUAUUCUAAAUUAUGUGGCAACAACUUUGACAACUUCCUUGGGUAACAUAUUUUUUUUAAUGUGAAUGUAUGUUUGCAAAAAGCAUAAAAAAGUUUUAAAUGUUUGAUAAAACUUUCAUAUCUGCAUUGUAUAUAGUGCUUUUAGUACAAAUUAAACUCCAUGUUGUUUUUAUUUA